AGCCGGAACGCAGCAUGAAAUUUCUGCCUGCAAAGCUCGAACGAAAAUUCCGUCGCUUAAAGAAGCACUCGAGGUCAUCAUUGACGCGAAAACUUGAUGUGAUGCACGAGAGUGCUCGCAAGAAAGUCAUUGAAGAGAACUGCGAUGCCUACAAAAAUCAAAAGCAGUCGGAGUAUGAGUGUAGGAAACGACCGACAAAAUUCCCUGGCGGCACGAGGGAAACAUUUCUCAGCGAAGGCAGUUUUCACCAGGCCGUGGGCAGGGUUCUGCUCGUGGCCGAGUUCUUUGCCAUGAUGCCGGUAAAGGGAGUGACGGCCAAGCAUCCUGGAGAUCUAAGCUUCUCCUGGCGCAACGUACGCACAUGCUUCUGCCUGGUAUUCAUCGCCUCAAGUCUGGCAAAUUUUGGACUCUCCCUGUUUAAGGUGUUGAACAAUCCCAUUAGCUUCAAUAGCGUCAAGCCCAUCAUCUUUCGUGGCUCUGUGCUGUUGGUUCUCAUUGUGGCUCUCAGGUUGGCGCAGCAGUGGCCCACUUUGAUGAUGUACUGGCACGAAGUAGAGCAGGGCUUGCCGCAGUAUCCAUCGCAGGUGGGAAAAAGCCAGAUGGGACACACUAUUCGAAUGGUUAUGCUUGUGGGAAUGAUGCUUUCCUUUGCUGAGCACCUACUCAGCAUGAUAUCGGCCAUUCAUUAUGCGAGAUAUUGCAAUAGCACCUCUGAUCCCAUCAAGAACUAUUUUCUUCGCACCAACGAUGAGAUCUUCUACGUGACCAGCUACUCCACGGCCUUGGCCUUGUGGGGAAAGUUCCAGAAUGUCUAUUCCACGUUUAUAUGGAACUAUAUGGACAUGUUUGUGAUGAUUGUCAGCAUUGGAUUGGCAGCAAAGUUCCGACAGCUGAACAAUGACUUGAGGAACUUUAAGGGAAUGCACAUGGCGCCUUCGUACUGGUCGGAGCGUCGCAUUCAAUACCGAAACAUUUGCAUAUUGUGUGACAAAAUGGACGAUGCCAUUUCCCUUAUCACAAUGGUGUCUUUUUCGAACAACCUCUACUUCAUAUGCGUCCAGCUCCUGCGUAGCCUGAACACAAUGCCUUCGGUGGCCCAUGCCGUUUACUUUUACUUCUCUUUGAUAUUCCUCAUUGGCCGCACGCUGGCUGUGUCUCUGUAUUCCGCCAGUGUCCACGACGAGUCGCGGUUGACCCUGAGAUAUCUGCGCUGCGUGCCAAAGGAUUCAUGGUGUCCGGAGGUCAAGCGCUUUUCGGAGGAGGUAAUCAACGAUGAGGUGGCACUCAGUGGAAUGAAGUUUUUCCAUCUCACACGGAAGUUGGUGUUGAGUGUGGCAGGCACCAUAGUUACCUAUGAGCUGGUGCUUAUCCAGUUCCACGAGGAUAACGAUUUGUGGGAUUGCAAUCAGAGCUAUUACUCUUAAGUUGAGAAAGGGUUUUAUUUGCAUAAUAAAUAAAAAAAUCAUCUUGCA